GAGAGGAGAGCCAGAGGAGGAGGAUGAAGAAAGACAGCGUUCGCUGCUUCUCAGCUCCUCGCAACAAAAUGGCGGCGGGUCUAGGCAGGCGGGGGCGGCGUUCGCCUGCGGGGACCGGGAGCGCUUUUCACGGCUCUAAAACCACCGGAGAAACGUUAGUUUUAAGAAGCGGAUUUCGAUCGAUCGAAAGGUGGAACUCUUAUGACGACAUUUUAUUUCGUUCGGACACAGGAGUGUGGAGAUCAGGGCAAAGGGGAACUGGAGUAACCUGACAGAAACAGGGGCGCACAACGGCGAAGGUUUUGGUGAAGCGUUAUGUUCGCAUAUUGUCGUUUUGGAGGAAUAUUUAACUGCGCAACAAAAUGGCGCCGUCCCCUUCAAGGAGCUCGAAGGGGAAGACAACGACUACGUCGCGUGACUCGCCGGCCACGCCUGUUAUCAGCUCAGCUGCCUAGUAACAGCCAAUGACGGAGAGGAGGGCAGCUGGACUCAGCAGGACUCCAGCCAAUGAGAAGUGAAGUAAAGUUGGGUGACGUGGAAGGCUCGCUGAGUCACUAGUCCUGGAGUUCUAUGAAGGGAAGGGCGCGUUCUCCUUCGCUGCUGCAGCAGUUGUGCACGAGUCAACCACUUGGGGCGUUGGUUUAGCUGUAGCGAGACCAGCCAAUGAGAAGCUGUUGCUGUGUGUGUGGGCGGUCCCUUAAAUUAUGGAUAGGCAAUGCAGCCAACAGUAAAGCUGGGUUAGUUGUGGGGGUUGACUGCAAACGGCCAAUCCUCGCGCGAGCUCGUAUUUAUAUAUGACCGGCCGCAGCCUUCGAGGCGCCAUUUCGCUGAAGCGGAGAGUCGGAGCUGAGAGGUGGAGAACUCGAAGUGGUUUGCUGGUAAAGACACCGCUACGCCCCCACCCGGAGAGCGGGCGUUAACUCAAUCCACAUCCAUCCGCAUGGAGACAGCCGUUAAUCCGGCGUUUAAAAGACCGCCUUUGGAUCUUAAUCAUGGAAUGAUGGGUCAGUCUGUGGAGGGGACACCAGGAAAGCGCAUUCGCAAGCCCUCUUUGCUUUAUGAAGAUUUUGAAGGUCCCAAUAUGACCUCAAAUGUUUUUCACCACAUGCCACAAGCAAAUCCUCCACCUCCUGAGGUCAGCAAUUCCAAAAAGCCUGGACGUUCCACUAAUCAGCUGCAGUACUUGCACAAGGCUGUAAUGAAGUCUUUGUGGAAGCACCAGUUCUCUUGGCCCUUUCGCCAGCCUGUGGAUGCAGUAAAGCUGGGUUUACCGGAUUAUCAUAAGAUCAUCAAAUAUCCGAUGGAUAUGGGAACCAUCAAGAAAAGACUAGAGAACAACUAUUACUGGAGUGCACUAGAGUGUAUGCAAGACUUCAACACUAUGUUCACCAACUGUUACAUCUACAAUAAGCCAACUGAUGACAUAGUGUUGAUGGCUCAGAGCUUAGAGAAGAUGUUCCUGCAGAAAGUGGCACAGAUGCCACAAGAUGAGCAGGAGAUUCCGAACACCUCUACAAAGAACAAACCAGUAAAGAGCCCCAAAUCACCAGGUGGUGUUACAACAGCUCAUCAAGUGCCAGCUGUGUCAUCCAUGUUUCAGUCUUCGCUUUAUCCAAGUUCCCCUGAAGUGCCCACCACCAUCCUUAGCCUACCGCACCCGCCUGUGCUCUCCAGUCCUGUUCAUAAGUCAUUGCCUUCACAAACAUUGCUACCGGUAGUGCCAGCAACAACUCAGCCGAUUACUAAGAAGAAAGGUGUGAAACGGAAAGCAGACACUACAACACCAACCACAACUGCUAUUAUUGCCACCAGUGGAGACUCCUCCCCUAUACCUCCUGAAACCAAACCUGCCAAAAUUCCUGCACGACGGGAAAGUGGUCGUCCCAUCAAGCCACCACGCAAGGAUCUACCAGAUUCCCAGCAGCAUCAGACCUCUAAGAAGGGUAAAUUAUCAGAACAGCUGAAGUACUGCAAUGGGAUAUUGAAAGAUCUUCUCUCUAAGAAACAUGCAGCCUAUGCAUGGCCUUUCUACAAACCUGUGGAUGCAUCAGCCUUGGGACUGCACGAUUAUCAUGAAAUCAUCAAACACCCCAUGGAUCUAAGUACCAUCAAGAAAAAGAUGGAUAACAGGGAAUUCCGUGAUGCUCAAGAAUUUGCAGGAGAUGUGCGACUUAUGUUCUCAAACUGUUAUAAGUACAACCCUCCAGAUCAUGAUGUUGUAGCAAUGGCAAGAAAGUUGCAGGAUGUGUUUGAAUUUAGUUAUGCCAAGAUGCCAGAUGAACCACUGGUGGUGAAUCCUCCUUCAGCAUCAACACAGCAGCCACCUUCGGAUUCAAAGUCUUCCUCUGAAUCAUCAAGUGACAGCAGCAGUGAGAGUUCAGAUGACAGUGAAAGCUCUGAUGACUCUGAAGAGGAAAGAGCAAAUAGGCUUGCUGAGCUGCAGGAACAGCUCAGAGCGGUGCAUGAACAACUGGCAGCACUCUCCCAAGGUCCGAUCUCUAAACCCAAAAAAAAGAGAGAACGGAAAGAGAAGAAGAAAAAGAAGAAGUCUGAUAAGAGGAAAGGAAAGGAGGAUGAUGAAUGGCAAUCUAGCAAAUCAAAACAGUCCCAGUCAAAAAAGUCGAAGAAAUCUGGAUCAGGAGGAACCACUACUAGCUCCAGUUCAAAUACUCCAGCAGUUUCAAAAAGUUCUAAAAAGUCCUCCUCCAAAUCACUUCCUUUACUUCCACCUGUACUUUAUGACUCUGAAGAAGAGGAGGAGUGCAAACCAAUGACGUAUGAUGAGAAGCGUCAGCUUAGUUUGGACAUAAACAAACUUCCUGGUGAAAAGCUGGGUCGUGUGGUACAUAUCAUCCAAUCGAGAGAGCCCUCUUUGAGAGACUCAAACCCUGAAGAAAUUGAGAUUGAUUUUGAAACUCUGAAACCUUCCACCCUCCGUGAGUUGGAAAGAUAUGUAAUGUCCUGUCUGAGAAAGAAGCCCAGAAAACCAUAUGCUCCCCUUAACUCUGUGCUCUCUCCAGCACUUAAGAAAACAGUGGGGAAAACAAAAGAGGAGAUUGCUCUGGAGAAAAAGAGAGAGCUGGAGAAAAGAUUACAGGAUGUCAGUGGACAACUAAAUUCUGCAAAGAAACCACCGAAGAAAGCCCAUGAGAAAGUAGAAUCUGCUCAGCAGGUCUCAGUUUCUCGUCUCAGCGCCUCCAGUUCCAGCUCAGACUCUGACAGCAGUAGCAGUUCUACUUCCAGCUCCUCGGACACAAGUGACUCUGAUUCGAGUUGAACUGGAAAAGGGAACCUUCUCCCCUACUGGAGCAGGAGAAGAAUGACAGAUUAUUAAUGUUUCAAAGGAGGUUCUAAAUGGAUCUGCAGGAACAGAGCCCACUUGAACCAGACUUAAAAUGAGGCCUUUGGAAGUGGAAAAUGGUAGAUUCUGCCUUCUUAACUCUGCUUGUAUAAACUGACAACAGGCACAUUUGGAUCCACUCCUGGAGCACGAAGCACCAACCUCAAUUUCUGUUCUUUUAAUGGACUCCUAUUAUUUGGAGGUUGUGGGAAGGCACAAGUGAGGCAUUAAUCUUGUGGAUGGUGGCCAGGGAUGGAUUACAAAUCUGGUGCAAUGUCUUUUGUUUUAUUCUGUUUACAAGUUCUCGAAGCGCACAGAUGCCUGUAUGAGGUAGAGUCCAGCUCCACUUGAACUGGGCACUACUUCCAUAGUGACAAGUCUAUUCCGAUAUGGCUAUUCUGAUGUGGCUGAUUGCUCGGUGCAGUGUUAUUAAUGACCCGUCUCCCUAAUUUCCUUAGAUUUCUUUUGUGUAUGGCACACACUACAGUGAAGCUCUUUUGUUUUAACUGCUCAGCUGCUAUGGGCUUGCUGACAAGUGUGCUUGAGCAAAGUGUAGAGAGGGCUGCAUGUGGGGUUGGGAGAUAGUGAUUUGUUUUAUUGUUUAAGGCGCAUUAGGAAGUUUUAUAACUGCAAGUGUUAAUUCCUUUUGAAGCCUGUAGACAGAAAGUCAUCCCCUUCAGCCCUCUCCUGCAUGUAGUAUGCUAGGAGGCAGUGAAGAGUUCUGUCCCUCUCUGGGUAUAAUCUCCAUCUAUAUCUGGGAUCCAAAGUACAGAACUUACAGCCUUUUUGUGGUUGCUUUAUUGUUUUUGUAUUUAUUUUAAAUGAGUUGAGAAGGAAACACAUUUUUUCUCUUGUUUUAUAUUGUAAAAUAAUUGCAGAGGGCAUCCUGUUGAUACAGGGGCCAUUGUAGAUGUAAGAUUUUAUAAGCCCUGUAUAUAUAUAUUCCAAGUUGCACAAGCAGCAUGUUUCUCAAUGUAAAGGGUGACUUUAUUUUUUACCUGGAAAAGUUUUAUUUUAUUCCUGAUUUUUUUUUUUUUUUUUUUUUUUUUGUCUGUCACUAUAUAGUAUGUCUCUUCUCCUUUUGUCUCUUGUAUCUGUUCAAACCCUUUAGUUUUGAAACAUGUAAAUAAAGAAAAUAUACUUCCAAAUAACAUGUGACCUGCUUAACAAAGCUGUGUAUAAACCUAUUGUUGCCACUUCAUUUCACAAAGCACAAGUCUAAUACAUUCAAUGAUAUACAGCAUGCCAAUUACAAUUAUUAAUGGGACACUACAGGCAUCAAAACAACUUUAACUUAAUGAUGCAGUUUUGGUGUAUAGAUAAUAUCCCUGCAGUCUUCAUGCUUAAUUCUCUGCCAUGCAGGAGUUUAGUCACUUUGGUUAUGUAUCCCUUAAAUCACACACAGGAGUAUCCUGCAAAGUCUAACAAGCUAUUAACAGUGGAGGAGGUACAUUCU